GAUAACAAAAGGGGAAGAGAGAAGAAAAUCUAGCUUAGAGAAGCUCUGAAGGGCAAGAAAAAAAAAGGAGAGGGGGCCGGUUGAAAGAAAAGGAAGACUUGGUGAGAGGGAGAAGUGUUCAGAGAGUGAAGGAAUGCCAGAGAGAGGAGAAAAUGGAGGUCUUUGCAAAUCAGUUAACAGGAAGUAUACCACAAUGGUUGGGCAAUGCAUCAUCACUUACUUUAUUAACCUUGGGAAGAAAACAUUUUCAUGGGAGCAUUCCUGCUGAGCUUGGAAGAUUUGGAAAAUUGGGGAUUUUGCAACUUCUUGAUAGCAACUUAUCCGAAAGGCUUGUUGGCAAUCAAUUGGAGGCUCCUGAAAAUGAAGGUUUAGGUUUCGUAACUUCUUUAACCAAUUGCAACAACCUCCAAGCGUUGGAUUUGGGCAACAACAAUUUCAGAGGUGAAUUACCUGCUUCAAUUGCUAAUCUUUCAACAAAGCUUGAGAAUUUGCUGAUGGGUCAAAAUCAUAUUUCAGGUAAAAUUCCUAAGGAUAUUGGGAACUUGGUCAGCUUAACCUCAAUUUCAAGUGUCAUCCCAUCUUCACUUGGGAAUAUGACCCAGUUGCAAGAAUUGGUUUUGAAUGACAACAAUUUGAGUGGCAUAAUUCCUCCUAGUUUGGGAAAUUGUUCCCAACUUGAAAUAGUUCCUCUUGACAACAAUUACCUAUUUGGAAUCAUACCAAAACAACUCUUGAGCCUAUUGUCAAUGAUUAACCUCUCCAUGUCAAGGAAUUCAUUUAUGGGAGAGUUGCCUUUAGAUGUGGUGAAGGUGCUGAAUCUUAAACAAAAAGGGGCUGCUAAGAGUUUCUUGGUUGAAUGUGAAGCGUUAAGCAACAUUCGACAUCGAAAUUUAAUAAAAAUCAUAACUGUUUAUUCAAGUAUGGAUUUUAAAGGAAGUGAUUUCAAAGUUAUUGUUUAUGAGUUCAUGCAAAAUGGAAGUUUAGAAGAGUGGUUGCAUCCACAUGAAAUUCAAGUAGGAAUGGGAGAAUUCAGCUUCAUCCAGAGACUAAAUAUAGCCAUUGAUGUUGGACUUGCACUUGAAUAUCUCCUUUACUAUUGCCAACCAACUAUAGUUCAUGGAGAUCUUAAGCCAAGCAAUGUCUUACUUGAUCAUGACGUGGUUGCACAUAUGAUUAUAAGAAAGCAACCAACCGAUGCUAUGUUCAACGAUGGUUUCAACAUUCACCAAUUCACCAAAACUGCAUUGCUAGAGAGAGUGAAGGAGAUUCUUGAACCCUCGUUAUUACAAGAAGUACAUGUGACAGAUAAUAAAGGUAUUGAACAUUCCAAGGCAAGGAACAACAUAAGAAGAACUGGUGUUUUGGAAAGCUUGUCGGAAGUUGCAAGAGUGGGAGUCUUCUGCUCAAUGGAGUGUCUAAAUGAGAGAAUGGAGAUGAAACAAGUUGUUGCGGAACUAUCUUCCAUUAAACACAGGUUUCUUGGUGCGAGGAAUUGAUACAAAGUCCGUUGGCAUGGCUCUUGUUUGUCUUUUGCUUUUUGUUUCCCUUUUUGUUUUUUUAAUUGAAAUAAACCCCAGCCCAUUUCUUAAUAGAGGGCCUGGACCUCUUUUAAUAUGCCAUUAUGCCAUUGCUAGCUUCAUGGGCAUUUCUGAUUAGCAUAUCAAUAUAUAGCACAUUAUACA